AUGGUACGCAGCCGUCGGUCUUUUUCAAAGGAGGAUGCCUCUUCAGUACUGGCAGACAGCGGUAUAUCACUAUCAUCUCCGCCUGCAAAUAAAAAACACUUUUCAUGUCUAAACGAAGAUGAGGAGGAAGCUAUUUUGGAGGAGCUAUGUGUAACGGAUGAUGACGGGGAGUCCGAUGUAAUAGAAGUGGAUAGAACUGAGAAAGUGGUUAUAAGCGACAAUGAAGAAAGUAGCCGAUGUUCCAAAUCAGACGAUUUAGUGGAAAAUGGAAGGAAUCCCAGCGAAAGAAACAUAUGUCAUACAGAUGAGCGAGUGGGCACUUCGGCCAAACGUGUUAGAAAGAGCUACGUGUGCGACGUAUGUCAUAAGGAGUUUCGAGGUAAAUCGGAUCUAAGUAGGCAUAAGCUAAUCCAUACUGCAGAAAAGCCUUAUAAAUGCACUGUUUGUGGCAAUGGUUAUCGACAGGAGGUUAACCUGAAAAAUCAUAUAAUAUCUACUCACAAUAAGCAGAAACAAUUUUCCUGUAAGGAAUGCCCCAAAACAUUUGCGUUGAAGGAAAGACUCCGUUUGCAUAUGCGAAUUCACACAGGCGAAAAACCCUAUUCCUGUUCUUUUUGUGAUAAACACUUUGCAAGAGGGGGACAGUUAAACCAGCACAUGGUUAGCCAUCACCAGGACGCACCAAAACAGUAUAAAUGCGAGAAGUGUUCAUCAUGUUUUUCGACGCAGGCGAAUUUAAAGGCACACAUGCUGGGACAUGACGAGACGCCUGAUUGUUUCUGUGAAAUAUGCAAAGAAUAUUUUGCUAAUAAUGUGCUGUUAAGGGCCCACAUUUAUAGACUGCACUACAAAUUAAUGGACUGUGACAUCUGUAAAAACCCUAUCGAGGAGGAGGACUUGGAGACACAUCUUAAAACCCACACGAAUGUCAAAGCAUAUGUUUGUGACAUCUGCAACUCUAUGUUUUCACAGAAAUCCCAAUAUAACGUACACAUGCGUAUGCACACCGGAGAGAGACCAUUUCAAUGCAGGAUUUGUUGCCAGACAUUUGCUCAUUCAAGCGUAUUAAAAUUACAUGUACGUAAGCACACGGGGGAAAAGCCGUUCAAUUGUUUGCUGUGCAAAGAUGAUGAAGUGGCUUUCUCGCAGUUAGCUCACUUGAAAACCCAUAUGAAGAAAAUACAUAAUCAGCCAAACCCCUACAUGUGUGAGGGUUGCCGCGAGUUUUUCAAAAUCAAACUGGAUUUGGAAUCGCACCACCGUGAAUGCAAAAAAUUCAGUAAUAUCGCAAAAGAGGAAAGCAGCAAAGAAGACGAGACUAACAAUCUGUCACAUAUCCGUUUACUCAUGGCAAUUCUGUUAAAGAAAAUAUCUUCCGAAACAAAGUUGCUACAGUUGGGCUUUGAAAAACGACUUAUAGACAAUGUGUUAAUUGCUGCGCUCAAGCUAGCCAACCGAAAGUCUUAUGAAGAUUUAAAAUUGACACAAUUAGAAAGAAUGCGUCUAAAUGUUGAUGAAUUUCUCAACUGGAUUGUACCUCCUAAAGUAAUGCAAAAGUUCAAAGAGGAUAACCAAACUGUGGAUGACAUUUUGGAGAAUAUUGUUUCAAAAUACAUGAAGCAGAAAUGA